AUGCGCUCUCAGGACGUGGGACAGGGCCUGGUGCUAUUCCGGGGCCUGGGUCGGGACCUGGUGAUGUUCCGGGACCUGGACCAGAAGACUCAAGCCAACGCUGCAAAGGCUUCUAGGCAGAAGGUUCUGGUGACUGGAGGAGGAGGCUACCUGGGCUUCACCCUGGGUUCCAGCCUGGCCAGAAGCGGCAUUUCCGUCAUUCUGCUCGACCUCCACAGACCCCAGUGGGCACUGCCCUCGGGGACCGAGUUCAUCCAGGCUGAUGUCCGAGAUGAAGAAACGCUGUACCGUGCCUUCGAAGGGGUGGACUGUGUCUUCCACAUGGCCUCCUAUGGGAUGUCUGGUGUGGAGAAGCUGCAAAAAGAGCAGAUUGAGUCUAUAAAUGUCGGAGGCACCAAACUAGUGAUCGAUGUCUGCAUUCGCCGGCGGGUUCCAAGGCUCGUCUACACCAGUACUGUCAACGUCGUCUUCGGUGGGAAGCCCAUAGAGCAGGGUGACGAGGACUCUGUGCCAUAUUUCCCGCUGGACAAGCACAUGGACCACUACUCCCGAACCAAAGCCAUUGCCGACCAGUUGACCCUCAUGGCCAAUGGGACGCCUCUCCCAGGAGGAGGCACUCUUCGGACGUGUGUGCUCCGGCCCCCGGGGAUCUACGGCCCUGAAGAGCAGAGGCACCUGCCCCGUGUGGUGAGCCACAUCAAGAAGAUGCUGUUCAUGUUCCGAUUUGGGGACCGCAGGACACGGAUGAACUGGGUCCACGUGCACAAUCUGGUGCAGGCACACGUGCUGGCGGCCGAGGCGCUCACUGCAGCCAAGGGCUAUGUGGCUAGUGGGCAGGCGUACUACAUCAAUGACGGGGACAGCAUCAACAUCUUUGAGUGGAUGGCCCCGCUGUUUGAGAAGCUGGGGUACAGCCAGCCCUGGAUCCAGGUGCCUAUUUCCUGGAUUUACCUGACAGCCUCCGUGAUGGAGCAUCUGCAUCUGGCCCUGAGACCAAUCUGCACUGUCCCUCUGCUGCUCACCCGGAGUGAGGUGUGCAGCGUGGCCGUGACGCACACCUUCCAGAUCGCCAAGGCCCGUGCUCAGCUUGGCUACGCGCCCGACAAGUUCAGCUUCUCCGACGUCGUGGAGCGGUACGUGCAGUCCUCCGCCCCGCGGCCGCGCGGCUCCACGGCGCGGGCGCUCCUGCGGCUGCUGCUCGGGCUGCUGCUCCUCGGCCUGCUCGCCCUGGCCCUGCACUACCUAGGCCUGCAACCCCUGCGGGCGGUCGCGGAGCGCCUCUGA